GUCACGUACAGCAUGGCGGCCAAGGUGCAGUCAACUAAACGGGCCAACCCCACCGAACUAAAAGAAUUAUUCCUAAAGCAUGCAAGUGUGGUGGAUAAGGAUGGAGAGCAUUACAUGACCCCUGCUGAUUUUGUGCAGAAUUAUUUGGGCCUCCAUACACAAGCCAACCACAAUCCCAACACUGUACAACUCAUUGCUGGGGUUGCAGACACCACUAAAGAUGGACUAAUCUCUUUUCAGGAGUUUCUAGCCUUUGAAUCAGUACUUUGUGCACCAGAUGCCCUUAACCUAGUUGCUUUUCAGUUAUUUGACAAGACUGGGACUGGAGAUAUAUCUUUUGAGAAUGUACGAGAUAUCUUCAGCCAGACGACCGUGCACCAUCAUAUCCCCUUUAACUGGAACUGUGAAUUCAUCCACCUGCACUUUGGCCAAGACCUCAAAAAACAUCUCAACUACUUAGAGUUCACCCAGUUCCUCCAGGAGCUGCAGUUGGAACAUGCCCGCCAAGCUUUUGCUCAAAAGGACCAGGGGAAGAGUGGGAUGAUCUCGGCUUUAGAUUUCAGUGAUAUCAUGGCCACCAUCCGCCAUCAUAUGCUCACGCCAUUUGUCGAGGAAAACCUUGUUUCGGUUGUGGGGGGAGGCACGUCUCAUGUGGUAAGCUUCUCCUACUUCAAUGCCUUCAACUCCCUCCUUAACAAUAUGGAGCUGAUUCGGAAGAUCUACAGCACGUUAGCCGGCACACACAAGGACACACUCGUCACCAAAGAGGAAUUUGUUACUGCUGCCAAUAGGUUUGGUCAGAUCAAUCCAUUAGAGGUGGACAUCCUGUACCAGCUCUCUGGCCUUCACACUCACUCAGGACGGCUUAACUUGUUGGACAUUGAGAGGAUAGCUCCUCUGGAAGAGGGUGCUCUGCCUUACCACCUAGCUGAAGUGCAAAGACAGCGCACAGACAGCUCGAGGCCAGUCUGGCUCCAGGCUGCUGAAUCUGCCUACCGCUUCACUUUGGGCUCCAUCGCGGGAGCGACGGGUGCAACGGCUGUGUACCCCAUAGACCUGGUAAAGACACGAAUGCAGAACCAGAGAUCCACCGGCUCUUUUGUCGGAGAGCUUAUGUAUAAGAACAGCUUUGACUGUGCCAAGAAGGUGCUGCGAUAUGAGGGAGUCUUUGGCUUCUACAGAGGUCUUCUACCACAGCUAAUCGGAGUGGCUCCCGAGAAGGCUAUCAAACUCACUGUUAAUGACUUUGUGCGAGAUAAAUUCACUGAUAUAGAUGGUACCAUUCCACUGGCUGCAGAGGUGCUGGCAGGAGGCUGUGCCGGGGGGUCUCAGGUGAUCUUCACCAACCCUUUGGAGAUUGUGAAGAUCCGUCUGCAGGUGGCAGGUGAGAUAACAACAGGACCGCGGGUCAGUGCUCUCAAUGUGAUGCGAGAUCUCGGAUUUUUCGGCCUUUACAAGGGAGCGAAGGCCUGCUUUUUGAGAGACAUUCCUUUCUCUGCCAUCUACUUUCCUGUAUACGCUCAUGCCAAGACAAAGCUGGCUGAUGAUGAGGGCAGACUUGGGGCAUUGCAGCUCCUCACCGCUGGUGCUAUUGCAGGUGUCCCUGCUGCCUCUUUGGUGACUCCUGCUGAUGUGAUCAAAACGCGUCUGCAGGUGGCAGCCCGAGCGGGACAGACCACAUACAGCGGCGUGAUCGACUGCUUUAGGAAAAUUCUCAGAGAAGAGGGAUUCAGAGCGUUUUGGAAAGGAGCAGGAGCGCGUGUUUGUAGGUCCUCCCCUCAGUUCGGUGUUACCCUGGUCACCUACGAGCUCCUGCAGAGGUGGUUCUAUGUCGACUUUGGAGGACACCGUCCUGCAGGAUCGGAGCCCACGCCGAAAUCUCGAAUCUCUGAGCUUCCUCCCCUGAGAGAAGAGCACAUCGGAGGUUACCAACUGGCUGCUGCUACAUUUGCAGGUGUAGAGAACAAGUUUGGUCUGCAUCUGCCCAAGUUCAAACCAUCAGGCAGUGUGACAGUAAAAGCGGCUCCUACAGAGCACACGGCCGAGACCUUAUAAAAGUCCAUUCACCCUCGCUGUCUGUCUACUGCUGUUUUCUCUCAACUCAGUUCAGGGUGUUUAUAUGCAGUGACACUGCAAUGCAUUUCAACCCUGUCCAUACUGCUGCAUGAAUAGCGCUCUGUUUAUUUAUUACCGUGUGGCUUGCACUGGUGUAUGAUGGUAAAUGAAAAGAACUGCCAAGGUAACGUGUGCAAAUUGAUUUUUGUUCCGCCUUUACAACUAUAGCAACACAUUAGUAACCGAAUCGAACGCUGAUGUAACACAGACGACGUGUGUGGGGAUGAUUAUGCAUUUGAUUGUAUUUAUUUAAAAUAAAUUGAGUUUUAUUUUAAACGUGUGCAUUUUUUAGGUAUUAUUUGAAACACAAAGGACAAAAUUCCUAAAUGUCUAAGAUAUAACUAACUUUAUAUAACUGAAACAUUAAGCAGUCCAGUUCUACAUGCGUCUUGGGUUUAUUUCUGUAGUAUAUUCACCAGAGGUAAAGUUGUAGCCUAGUAGACAGAGCUUUGGGCUAUCAAUCGGAACAUGUUGGGCCCCUGAGCAAGGCCCUUAACCCUGUCUGCUCCAGGGGCGCCGUACAAUGACUGACCCUGCACUCUGACCUCAGCUUUCCAACAAGCUGGGAAAUGCAGAAAAAGAAUUUCAUUGUGCUGUACUCAUGUAUCUGUAUAUAUGACAAAUAAAGGCAUUCUUCAUUCUUCUAAAAA